CUGUCGUCUAGGGUUUGUAGAUGUCAGUGACUUGUUUACUAGUUGGGAUCUAUCUUUAGUGUCUCCUUAUCGGAAAGACUUCAACUGUGGGUCAAAAGUCGUUGGAUCGCCACUUUGACAUGUGAAACUCGGAGGUUUUUCGCGCCUCAACGGUUUUUCCCUGCAUGGAUCGGACGUUUAAACAACUACAGCGUCAUUUGAACCGUAACUUCGCCCUCAUCAUGGCUGGAAAGUGCUCACAAGAUAUUUCCACGACGAAGAGACUCAUCUGAACUGUGAUUCUCAAGUGAUCAUAUAUCCCGAUAUUAUGACACUACUGCGUCAGAUCCAAGCUUUGUUUCUGUCACCCGAGACCCGACCUUAAAUUGCCCCUCAUCUGAUGCCCUGCACUUAUCACAAAGACUACAUGGAGAAAAUAGAGACAAUGGACGAGCAGGCAACUCUGGGAGACACAAUGAUUCUCUCUCAGGGGCUUCCCGACUUCCUCCCGGCUGCUAUUCGGCGACACAUUCCCCGUCUGUAUCCUUCACUCCACCGCGCGGCACAGUCGGACCCAAAUAUAAACGCAGCAAGAACAAGCCAUAAACCCAAGGAUCAUAACUUCUCUUCAUCCUUAUCGGAGCCGGAAUUGACAUUAUACGGACAAAAAUCCGAUUUGGCCUCGGGCGACCUGCAACGCCCUGGUACUGCGGGCAGUAGUAGUAACGGUCAGGACUCGUGUGGCUCUUCGGUUUCCGGGAAGUCAUCGGACACUAGUUAUAUCACAACUUUCGAAGAGAAAAAAGGUGUAGAGUCUAUGGGGUUUGCGAUGUCCAAAUAUGAAGAGGAGUCAGGACUGCGCUGGAAUCAUAUUGUUCCAGCAUUUCAAUUCCUUCAACAUGCAGGAGUAGAAGCCCAGCGACGCGAUUGUGACAGCCACCUGGUGCGGUCAUUGUACAUGGAUGCACUAUGCUAUCUUCUUCAGGCUCUACCUGCCGACUUGACCUAUGAAGAAACUGCAAGAAUCAGAAAAACCCUCCCUGGACGAGUUUCCAACUCUCUCGCUGCACCUUCUGCAGUUGGCUUCGGCAAUCAACCUAUAAACACAAGGCAUCCGGCAGAGCGAUCUUAUCUCCACCGGCUACUGGCCUCCAGUAUUGUGCAUUUCUUUCUCCUGCUUCAGUUCCUGAUGCCAUACCUCAAGAUUGUGCUGCAUCGACUCUACCAAUUUGAACGGUCCCAUCGGGUCACCGAGCGUGUCGUGUCGGCGAGCCUGGAUGCUGCCGAUACCUUGGGUAAAAGGAGCGUGAGUCUGGGAACAACGGUCCUUAGUCUUCAUGAUGGGAAAGUAGGUGUUGCGGUGUCAAGCCUGGCUGCAUGGUGGGUUGAGGGGAUUGCAGGUGGAAUUUACGAGGGGAUUGGCGAGGGCAUGACCAUCUUAGGGUUCAUUCGGCCAAAUCCCGGUGUGGUUGGAGGGACACAACUGCAACCGAUGCCAAGUACUUGAGGUUGGCCCUUAAUUGCUGUAUAAGUUAUGUUGAGAUGUUCAAUAGACGGUGUAUCAGAGGCUAUUGGCGAGACAGAGGUCGGGAUGCUAUAAGGGCAGGUGCGUUUGCCUGAUUGUUGCCUAUUUAGAUAGACCACUUACGUUAGAGUUAACAACCGCAGUCCAUUGUUUUAUUUGUCGCAUCCUUUUUUUUCC